AUGGUCCAGAACCCUGCGGUGAGUAAGACUCCAGCGGCGACACCCCGCCACCCCGCGGCGGGGCGCUCGUCAGGGCGGCUGCGCGGCGUCCGAGCGGGACCGCGGGCGCAGGUCACGAACAGGCGCGAGCGCCCCGCGCUGCCCCGCCAUGGCCGUGCGCGUGCUCCGCGCCUGCCUGCGCCCGCGGGCCGGCCCGUGGGGGUCCGCGCCCGCACGGUGAGUGUUUGCCGCGGCCGGCGCGGCACCGGGGUGGGCUGGCGGCCUCGGCCCGCGCGGGAGGCGGGGAGCCGCCGGGCGUGUGCGGCCUGUGGGGGCGGGCGCGCGGCGUCGCUGCGUCUCGACCCGGGGAGCUGCGGCGGCCGCCCGCGCGCGGGCCUGGACGGAGCGCUGGAGACGUGCCCGGAGAGGAGAGACCCGUCGGGCGAGGACGGCCGCUGGAGAUAUUCUAAUUCCGGAGGGGAGGAACGUCUAGAAACUCCUUCUGCUAAGAAAUUAACGGAUAUAGGAAUUAGAAGAAUCUUCUCUUCAGAGCAUGACAUUUUCCGGGAAAGUGUAAGGAAGUUUUUUCAAGAAGAAGUGAUUCCUUAUCACACAGAAUGGGAGAAAGCUGGAGAAGUGAGUAGGGAGCUUUGGGAAAAAGCUGGGAAACAAGGACUGCUCGGUGUCAACAUUGCAGAGCAUCAUGGAGGCAUCGGUGGGGACUUGUACUCGGCAGCUGUUGUUUGGGAGGAGCAAGCAUAUUCAAAUUGUACAGGCCCAGGUUUUAGUCUUCAUUCAAAUAUUGUCAUGCCCUAUAUUGCAAACUAUGGCUCAGAAGAACAGAUUCAGCACUUCAUCCCCCAGAUGACAGCCGGGAAAUGUAUUGGUGCCAUAGCAAUGACAGAGCCGGGGGCCGGAAGUGAUUUGCAAGGAGUGAUAACAAAUGCCAAAAAGGAUGGAAGUGACUGGAUUCUCAAUGGAAGCAAGGUAUUCAUCACUAAUGGGUGGCUAAGUGACAUUGUGAUCGUAGUGGCAGUCACAAAUCGUGAAGCUUGCUCUCCUGCCCAUGGCAUUAGCCUUUUUCUGGUGGAAAAUGGAAUGAAAGGAUUUAUCAAGGGACGAAAGCUACAUAAAAUGGGACUAAAAGCCCAGGAUACUGCAGAAUUAUUCUUUGAAGAUGUACGGUUGCCAGCUAGUGCUCUACUUGGAGAAGAGAAUAAAGGCUUCUAUUACCUCAUGCAGGAGCUUCCACAGGAAAGGCUAUUGAUUGCUGAGUUGGGAAUUUCAGCCAGUGAAUUCAUGUUUGAAGAAACGAGGAACUAUGUUAAACAAAGAAAAGCUUUUGGGAAAACAGUUGCACAUAUACAGACAGUGCAGCAUAAGCUAGCAGAAUUAAAAACACACAUUUGUGUAACCAGAGCUUUUGUGGACAGCUGUCUCCAGCUGCAUGAAGCGAAACGUCUGGACUCGGCCACUGCUUCCAUGGCGAAAUAUUGGGCGUCUGAGUUACAAAACAGCGUAGCUUAUGACUGUGUACAGCUCCACGGAGGCUGGGGAUACAUGUGGGAGUUCCCAAUCGCAAAAGCUUAUGUGGAUGCCCGAGUUCAGCCGAUCUAUGGCGGUACCAAUGAAAUAAUGAAGGAGCUGAUUGCAAGAGAGAUUGUUGGUGACAAGUAGACAUCUGCCCACAUCCUGGAAUCUGAUACAACUAAUCUGGUUUUAAAUCUACUUGAGAUAAAAUGCAACCUGGAAAGGGAGGAAACACUGAACUUU